AUGAAAAAGAUGCUGAAGUUCAGUACCUACUGCCAGAUCAUCAACAAGGAGAUUAAUACCUUUGUGGACAAGUGGGAAGAAGAGGGCCAGUUCCCAGCACACAGAGUGUUUAAAACCCUGGGACAGCCUGGAUUCCUUGGUGUGAAUAAGCCUACAGUUUUUUCCUCAAAAUAUGGCGGGGUGAGCUUGGACUUCUAUAACAUUGCAGUGGCAGAAGAGCUGGGAAAAAUCCGCUGCGGAGGUAUCUCUAUGGCUAUUGGAGCGCAAGCUAGCAUUGCUACUCCUGCUCUUACAAGGUUUGGUUCUGAUGAGUUGAAAAAAAAGUUUCUUGUACCAAAUAUAGCUGGAGAUUUUGUAGUUUGUUUGGGAAUCAGUGAAGCUGGAGCUGGAUCUGAUGUCGUAAGUAUCAAGAUGACAGUUGAUAGAAAAGGCGAUGAAUACGUUGUAAAUGGUGGUAAGAUGUGGACUACAUCCGGGUGCCAAGCAGACUGGACGUGCCUACUGGAAGCUUGUGAAGGACCUCCACAUCGAAAUAAAUCUCUGAUGUGUCUGCCAAUGAAUCUGCCCGGCUUUCAUGUUGCUAAAAAGAUAGCGGGCAUGAAGUCAUCGGACACAGCUCACAUCUUUUUUGAAGACAUAAGAGUUGAGUUCCCUGCAAAAACCUCAUUGCAAGAAGGAAAGGGUUUUACAUAUCAGAUGUUGCAAUUCCAAGAAGAGUGACUGUGGGUAAUAGCCACUGUCCUGACACUGUUGGAAACUAUAAUAAAAGAAACUAUUGAGUACACCCACCAGCGGAAGGUGUUUGAGCAGCCAGUCCUGCACAACCAAGCCAUGCGCUUUCACCUGGCUGAGCUGGCAACCGGAGUGGAGCUCCUCCAUUCGCUGCUGUACCGCACCAUAGCUCUCUAUUUGGAAAGUAAUGAUGUGACAAAAUUUGCUUCCAUGAGUAAGCUAAAGGCAGGUCAUCUGGCCUGUGAAGUGACUGACAACUGUCUCCAGUUUUGAGGAGGAAUGGGAUUCACCAGUGAGGUUCUGAUGAGCAGGUUUUACAGAGACUUGAGAUUAACAUCAAUAGGAGUUGGUACAGAUGAACCAAUGCUUUCCAUCAUAUGCAAAUACAUGGAAACACUUCCAAGCAAGUGA